AUGGACCCAUCGCAUAAUCUAUACUACAUCACAUCGGCUACAGACUUUCCUCAGUCGCUUCCACUUGGGAAUGGCCGAAUGGGCGUCAGUCUCAUGUCAAAUGCAGACGUUGACAUAUUUUUGUUGAAUGAGGUUACCUUCUGGUCAGGCAAGCCUUACAGACCGCAGAGCCAAUAUGGCGGCAAGACCGCCAUUAAAGAGAUGCGUGAGCGGUAUGUGCAAAGAGACCACCAGGCCGUUCAAACGUUGGCAGAGAGAUGGCUGCAACCUCUGAAAGGGGAUUUCGGCACGAAUCUGGGAGUGGGACGGCUCAAAAUAGAGUAUUCUCGCUCUGGAGCAGCUCCUGGAGACAGUGCUGAGAAGGGUAGGCUCGAGAGAGGUUUAAAGUUGGACGAAGGUGUUGGCUGGGCCUCCUAUACCUCCGACGACUCCAAAACAGAGAUCAGGAGGGAGGUAUUCGUUUCCCAUCCUCAUCAAGUCAUCGCUAUGAGAAUUUUGAUAAACAAUAAGGCCGGUAUUUCAUGCAAAGUUGGGUUCGAGGGAGAGACCAAAAGUUGGUCUAUCAGGAAACCAAGCACAGCUGAGCUGGAAAUCCACGCGCAAGCGCUUGAGACUGUGCACAGUGAUGGAACAUGUGGUGUCAAGCUGCAUGGUCUGGUUGAUCUCCAAGCCGACGGCGAUAUGCUACCUUCGGAAAACGCCAUUUCUGUAACCAAUGCUUCCUUCUUAUUGAUAUUGGUGGCUCUGAAUACAGACUAUCUGGUCCCGCCCAACCAGGACUGGAUAUCUCUGGCUCGAACUCAGAUCCAGACAGCCCUAGAUGCCGGCUAUGACAGACUCAAGCAAUCCCAUACGCAAGACCACAAGAGACUAUACGCUCGAGUCUCUCUGACGCUCGGCUCUGUUUCACCAACAUCACGCCUCCCUACAGAUCAGCGCCAGAAAGCACUCGCUGCUUCAAAUGGAGCCUCCUCAGAAGAUCUACCCCUUUACACGUUAUAUUUCAAUUAUGGUCGCUACCUAUUGAUCGCAGGUACUCGGUCAGACUCUCAACUCCCGCUUCACUUACAAGGUCUUUGGAACGACCGAGAAGCCAAUGCGAUGAACUGGUCAUGCGACUAUCAUCUCGACAUCAAUACGCAAAUGAACUACUUUCCGCUCGAACCGUGUGGGCUAGGGUAUGAAUGCCAUGGACCACUUGCCAGAUACAUGCAGAAACUUGCAGCAGCGGGAGCCGAGUCCGCGAGGAAUUUCUACGGCACCCAAAAGGGGUGGGUCGCGCAUGUGUUUUCGAACGUUUGGGGAUUCACAGCCCCCGGCUGGGAAACGAGCUGGGGACUGAACGUUACCGGAGGGCUGUGGAUGGCAAUGGAGAUGAAAGAGCACUGGGAGUAUAAUCUCGACAAGGCAUACUUGAAGGCAUAUGCUUGGGACGUUUUGAAGGCAGCAGCUGAGUUCUUCCUAGAGUAUAUGUCCACCGUCGACCAAAAGGCAGGCUAUUUGGUGACAGGACCCUCUGUAUCGCCCGAAAAUACGUUCUUUGUUGAUGGAAAGGGCCAGCGUGAAGAGCAUUCACUGAGUCUCUCUCCGACUUUGGAUGUGGUUCUCGUGAGAGACCUGCUGGCAUUCUGUGUCGAUGUCGUGCCGUCACUGGACAGUCAGGGCGCUAUAAAUGACGACUUUAUCCGGCGCGUCGAAGAAGCUAUGUCAAAACUCCCACCCCUCCAAAUUGGCAGGCAUGGCCAAUUGCAAGAAUGGCUCGAAGACUUCGAGGAAGCCCAACCUGACCAUCGCCACAUGUCGCACAUCGUCGCCCUCAUCCGCAGCAAUCAAAUCAGCAAACGACACACGCCUGAACUAGCGGAUGCCGUUCGCACCACACUCGAAAAGCGCCGAGCCCGCGCCGACUUGGAAGACAUCGAGUUCACGGCCGUCCUCUUCGCAAUGGGCUUUGCGCGGCUCAAUGACGGAGAUGCAGCACUCAAUUCUCUGACGCAUCUGAUCUCUGAGUUGUCGUUUGAGAAUCUCCUAACCUUCUCAAAGCCGGGGAUUGCUGGUGCGGAGACGAAUAUUUUCAUCGCGGACGGGAAUUUCGGGGCCACUGCGGCGGUGGCGGAGCUGUUGCUGCGAAGCGUGGUUGUCGGAGAGGUGGAGAUCUUGCCCGCGCUGCCCAAGAAGUGGGAAGAGAGUGGGCAUGUGAACGGCCUUAAGGCCAAGGGCAAUCUCGUGGUUGGGAUGGAGUGGCGUGAGGGUGUCUUGGUUGAAGCGACGAUCCAGAAUGCCGGUCACGAUGCAUUGUUGGUUAGAGUGUUUUAUCGUGAACAGUUUAUCGACUUGGAGCUGGAGCCCACUGCGACGGUAAUAGUGGACCGAGACCUUCUUGUGCGAUAA